AAUCUACUCGCAGAGAGGUUCUCUCGUGAGGCUUUUGUUUCAACUUUACUGACGAUUUUUCUCGUUAGAUUGCUUAAUAAAGUUACUCCAGACAAUUUCCUUAGUUCGGUAAAAAGCAUCUUGGCUAUCCAUGUUGGGUCACCAGACGUCCUUGAAAUUUUCGUUCAGCUGGUAGGUAUUUUUCAGAAGGCUGCUAAUGAGCCCAAUUUCACUUAUCUUUAUUCACAACUCUGCGUGGUUCUUUGUGAACAAGCGCGUAAUUUUGAACCUGCUAACUCUUACUCCACCUUUAAACUCCUCCUUCUCAAGCGUUGUGAAAAUGAGUUCUUUAAGCGACAAAGUAUCGAUUUCACCGAUUCAGUUGCGCGUCAGAGAUGUAUCGGCGCUGUGCGUUUCAUUGCUCACUUGGGGUACAUAAAGGCUAUACCGGAUAAGAUACUUCACGACUGCGUCAAAUCCCUCCUCUUGUGCAAGCAAACAGGAAAGUCCGAUGGGACGGUCUUACCUUCGUCGCAGGAGGGCGCUAAUUCAACUCCAGUUUAUCCGAAGGAAAACGACCACAUUGCGUUGGACAUGGAAUGUCUCUGUGAAUUCAUGAAAAUAGCCGGGUCCUACAUGGACACUCUAAAGGCGCGGAACUUGAUGGACCAGUACUUCGACCGCAUAGCGCAAAUCGUAGAGCGUGCGUCACCGGAGCAUUUGCGAAACAGUGGCCACCGAAAAAAAUUUAUUCCCCUGAGUACGCGUACUCGCUUCAUAUUGUUGGAUAUCAUUGAUCUGCGCAAAAACAAAUGGAUGCCGCUUUUUGAGGGUCAACUUGCUGAUUACGAUCAGCCGUGGCUUUUGCCAGAUUUGCGAAAUACGGUUGAUAGGGGAUUGAACAGCAGCUCCUCACAGAAUAACGCAUCUCGAGCUGGUACGGGGAGUCGUGGCGUCCUCGGUCACUUUCCAGGCACUCUCGAACCCGAAGGAGAUUGGAACACACUUAAUCAGAUGGGCAAGGCACUCUGUGCCCGUGGCAAAGACAUCGAUCUCUUCUCUAGCACCGACUCUUCUGCUUCUCCGAGCACCACGGGCUAUCGUAACCGGGACAGCGGCUACAGUAGUGGAGGCGGGGGUGUCACCAUCUCACACAACCGAGUAACGGUCUCUGGUGGUGUUGGUGGUGGCAGCAAUGAUGGAAACCAUGGCGGAAGUAAUGGGCGUAGUGGGCCAUGGCCUAGACGCGGUUUUGCUGAGAGACGUCCUUAUGGAUCUCAUCGGAGCCCAAAUUCAAGGAAGGCCUACUCUCAAGGACCUAGGGUAGUAGAUGCGGGGCUGAACAGUACAUUGUUUUUUGAGCCUGAGUAUUUACCGCCGCCACAGAAAGCACCAGAGAGUCAGUGCGCAUCGUCUUCCUGCGCGUCAUCGGCGGCAGCGACACCAUCUACAGCAAGUCCCGAUCUGGAUGCAAUGAUAGCAGGAAGAAUGGAUGUCAGGCAGUUAGCGGGAGGACUGUGGAGACUUCCGGUUAUGCGGCCUUCACCUCCGCUCUCGCGACAGCAACAACAUGUGCCACCGCCUGUUAUUACGUACGUGGAGAAACAGCCUCCAAUGGACGAAAAUAAAGAGGCUGCAAGAACUUUGAUUGGCAUUCUCAAAAAGACCAAAAAUAUCCAAGAAGCAAUCGAUCAACUCAAGCAGAAGGAUCUCCUUUCUCGGGUGAAUAAAGAAGUCCUUCUGAAAAGCAUCCUCCUCCUCUCUGAUGCCACCUCCACUAUCUAUUCCAUGGAUUGUCAGAGCAAGCACACAGCUUGCCAACUCGCCUCUCUCCUAAAGUACUCUCGGUCCCAGCCGCAUUUGGACCGUAUCACUACUGCUCUUGACUCCGCUUGGCCCCGGGUGCUUCAGUGCCUCAGCGCAGCUUCGCUUAAGACCGCGUUGGCCUUCUUGACCGCUAGACUUGUUCUCAUUGGCUGUCUGCCUCUAACCAGAGUGGCUGAGCCUCUUUCUUCGGGGCGUCAUCAUCCCCUUUUCUUGCUCAUCCUUCAGCAACUUGCGCAAAUGGCGGCAUCAAAGGCAUCUCCAGGCCACUUUCUCGUCUUGCAGGAUGUAGAGGCUGACAAUAAGAACACUCCAGAGUUCGAAGAUGGCGACUUCAUUCCCGAGGGAGUGAGCAUUCCCGAAACUCCAGAGGAUAGGAAGGCUCACUUAGUGAAGAUGUUUGCAGAGAGCGGUGUGGUGCUUGAGAAGAUGCUUCCAGAGGGCAGUCAGUCACCAAAGCGGAUGCUAGAACUUCUUCAAGAACGCGGUAUCGACUUCUUUCUGCCCUGCUUUCGUCUUGUUGUGGAGACUCUCUGCCCCCUCCUCACAACUGGCGAGGAUUUGCAAAUCUUCGUUAACCACCUCUCUAGCCUAGAAGGUCACCUAAGCGCUGAAGUGGUUCAUAGUCUCAUGGAAGCCGCGUUUGAACGUGCUUGGCUAGCUGGACUCAAUGUUACUUCGUCUGCCGACAAGGAUGAAGUCGAGGAGGCAGAGGCGGCUGCAUGGUCUACGAUGACUGCAGAGGGUCAAUUGCAUAGGUGUGUGCCACCAGAACGCCAAAUGGACGUAUUACAUGCCUUGCAGGUCUUUUGGAAUGAAAAAGACAAGCCUAAAGGUUUCGCAUUAAGAUGCUUUCAAAACCUCUACGAGUUUGAUCUGGUCGAGAAGACGACGUUCCUCGCUUGGCGUGAAGAGGUGGAUCAAAACUACCCGGCUAAGGGGCAGGCUUUGUUUGAAGUCAUGCGAUGGCUGAAUUGGUUAGAAACAGUUGAGGACAUUGAUAAGCUUGAAAAUGAGGGGAAUAUGAGUGACGCUGCCAGUGGAGUUGAACAUGCAUCUCUAAGUGGAGGUGCUGACAGGCCAGUUGUUGACUGCGUUAACGGUGAUGGUGACAAGGCUGAUGAUGUCGCUGACGCUUGA